GCUGGACCUAAUUGUACUUCUUAAAACAAUGCAAGGACCCUCCUGCAAUUUUUUUUUUCCUUCCAACCAAAUUCACCCUAUUCAAUUCCAUAAACCCUAGUGAAAUUUGUGAAGAAAAUUUGAGAGAAACUCAAAAAAAAAAAAAAAAAAAUGGUGGGUACAAAUUUGAAAGCAGAAACAAUGAAAUUAAUGGAUGAAAGAGCAAAUAAAGAAUCUGAAAUGGAUGUUAUUAUUCAGAGACUUAGCCAACCUGGUGGACCUGGACUUUCUGGCAACCUUGUUGAUUCUGAGGGGUUCCCAAGAACUGAUAUUGAUAUUCCAACUGUGCGUGCUGAUCGGCAUAGGCUUGCUGAGCUACGUAACGAUCACAAGAUUAUCACAGAAAAGAUAGACCAAAAUAUUCAAGUUCUGCAUUCAGCACGGCUUGCUUCUACACCUUCUUCUGUCAAAGAUUCAGAUGACGCUGCUGGUUUGGGUGUUCAAGGAUCUGCUGUCAAUAUUGCGACAGCUGCUACAAGUGACAUGGAUGUGGAUGUAGUUUUCAGCAGACCCUUUGCGGUGAUUGAUGAAAUAUCUGAGGCAUCUCCGGCAGCAGAGGACGGUUUACAGCUUGGAGAUCAGGUUGUGAGAUUCGGGAAUGUCCAGUCAGGUGAGAAUAUCCUACAGCGCCUUGCUGCUGAAUCACAGUCGAACCAGGGGUGUGCGGUAUCCAUGACGGUCAUGAGGCAAGGUGCUAUGACUAACGUGAAAGUGACUCCAAGAGCUUGGCAGGGCCGCGGCCUGCUAGGAUGCAAUUUCCGGAUCUUAUGAUGAGUUUGUCAACUGGAUAUGAAGAAGUAUUCAUCUGCGGCUUCUUAAACCGCGUGUAUUUUCUGUUGGUCUUUCAUGAACGGAUGCAAAAGAUUUUGUGGAUAAAACGAUUGCC